UUUCGUUGUGCCCCUUAGAAUUGGCGCUUUCAUUGUUGCAGCAUGGAUGUUUGUCUGGAUGGCAUAUAGCGGUUUAUCACUUAUGCUAGCAUCAUAUGGAACAUCGAACAUCAUCUGGAAAAUUCUAGGUGUCCCCUUUUUUUUGGUGGCCGCAGUCGCGUUGUACGGCGCUCACGCAAUUUACCACGAAAUCCCCCAUCGAGUUGCCACAUUUGUUCGCCUCUACCUAUUUUCAAUAAUUUUCUAUUUCUUGGCCCAAAUCGUUUUCAUCGUUGCCGUGGAAAUUGCAGUGGCAUCAGCUGCUGCUGCGGCAAAGAAAAACUGUGAAGAUGCACAAGCUAAUUUGCCCGCUAACGCGAAGACCGAUUGUAGUGUUACUUAUUCCGGUGGAUUUCCUAUCUUUGGAUGGUUGGUUCCAUUCGUUUUCGCAUUCAUCUGGCAGGCUUACCUAUACGUCUGCAUUCGUUCCUACAGUUUGGAGCUUUCUGAACGUAACGAAAAGCAGCCCACCACCACUACCUACAACAUUGGCGCCUAA